CUCCCGCGGCCCCUCACCUAUAUUAUCUUGUACUUUCUUCAAGAACUCACUCAUCGAUUACUUACCUGACCUCGGUCAUGCACUCAAUCCUCACCCGCCUCGCGGGUAGAGCAUUCCCUCUGGAUCUCGAGUUGGCUCAAUCCGAGUCCAUCGAACUACACAAAAUACUAGAGGGAAGUUUCAUGGUAUCUCGCUUGUGGCAUUUAUCUGUUAUAAACUGAUGGGUUUCCUGGAAACCACACCCCAGCCUCCCAUGCUGUGCUACGAGAUCGACGACGAGUCGCUCCGUCUGGUCCUCCAGAUGCAGUUGGAGGACUUGGAGAACAUCAAGGAGAGUGGCAAGGGCAAGUGCCGAGUGGAUCAGGUCUCUGAUCUCGACUUGGCUGUCGAUGCAUACCAUGCGGAGCUGGAGUCGCAAGCUGUACUCGCGGCGGAUAGGUGUAUAUGCAAGAGCAUGGCCAAAGCAAACCGAUCCGAUAGCCUCCUCAUUAUGAUUCUCACGAAGCAGGAGAACCAGGCCACUCGCGACAGAGCGGCGGCUAUUCGGCUAAGCGAGGGAGCCGCACUCGGCGACGAUGUAUCUCCAACGAAUCCUCCCACCCUGUCAGAGGAGUCUUGCACAAAUGAGGAAGAUGAGAUGUUUGUACGAAAACUCGAGUCCCUCUACGUCUCUGUUGACUAUGGCGAGGACGACGACGAAGACGAUGACGAAGAGCCAGAGUCUUCAUUGUGGGCGGCCUCUAGGAAACAAAGCGAUGCGGCAGCCAUCAAAUCAACCAGGCGGGAGAAGAAGACGACAUGCGACAGUUGUUCGAAUACCUACACCCUCAGCGCAGUCGCCCAGCUGCCAUGCAAACACAACUACUGCCGCGACUGUCUGAGGACCCUCUUCGAGCUCUCCCUCACAGACGAGUCGCUUUUUCCGCCGAGAUGCUGCAAAUUGCCUAUCCCUGUAGACCGAGGCAACGCCAGGGCCCUGCUGUCCUCGAAACUGGUGGGGGAGUUCCGGGCAAAGGAGAUCGAGUUUUCGACGCCCAACAGGACGUACUGCCACAGACCGACCUGUUCCAGGUUCAUCCCCAUGGAGUUCAUCAGAGCCGACGUUGGAACAUGUCCGCAAUGCCGCCACCAGACGUGCACCAUGUGCAAGGGCGCCGAGCACGGGAACCAGGAUUGCGCACAAGAUACGUUGACACAGGCUCUUCUCGAGGUCGCCGCCGCCAACGGAUGGCAGCGCUGCUUCUCGUGCCGCCGAAUCGUGGAGCUCGAUCACGGAUGCUAUCACAUGACCUGCCCCUGUGGAUCCCAAUUCUGCUACCUCUGUGGUCUGCAGUGGAAGACAUGCACUUGUGAGCAGUGGAACGAGGAGCGACUCAUCGCCCGCGCUAACGUGAUUAUGAACCGCGAGGCUGGCGCCAUGCAUUUGAACGCCGCGGCUAGAGCUCAGCGUGUCGAGCAAGAGGCGCUCAACCUCGUUCAGAACCACCAGUGCGCCCAUAGCAGGUGGAGGAGCCGCAGUGGCGGUUUUCGGUGCGAGGAGUGCCAUGACCGCCUGCCGUCCUUCAUCUACGAAUGCACCCAGUGUCACAUCCACGCGUGUCGUAGGUGUCGACACAAUCGAUUGUGAAGUGCGAUGUAGAAAAAAGAGUGGAUUUGAGAUUUUCCCAGAAAACUCUUGAAGGAACCCUCCCCCCUCUUGACAUGAUUUGGUUCAGGAGAAGAAGAGCUUCAAAGCUCAAACUAAGGUGGACAAAAAAUGAGAGAUCAUGUGUAUCCAGAGCCAAUACAGACUCGCAAAAACGUAGAUCGCCGAAAUUGCAAAAG